AUCCCCUCGACCACUCCUUUGGCGCUUCGCUGUCGACCGUGCGCUUCUUCUAGCCCAGUGAUCAGUCAUGGCAUGCCCUCUGGAUCAGGCCAUUGGCCUUCUCGUGGCCAUCUUCCACAAGUACUCUGGCAAGGAAGGUGACAAGCACACCCUGAGCAAGAAGGAGCUGAAGGAGUUGAUCCAGAAGGAGCUCACCAUUGGCUCCAAGCUGCAGGAUGCUGAAAUUGCAAGGCUGAUGGAUGAUCUGGACCGUAACAAGGAUCAGGAAGUAAACUUCCAGGAGUAUGUCGCCUUCCUGGGGGCCUUGGCUUUGAUCUACAAUGAAGCUCUGAAAUAAAAUGGGACCGUUGAGAUGACUUCCGGGGGCCUCUCUCGGUCAAAUCCAGUGGAAUCGUUUGAUUCAGAAAGUCUUGUGAGAAGACAUGGCGAGAAACCGAAUCAAGAAUAGCGCACACGAUGGCGGAGGAAUGGAGAAGAGAAAGGCCAGGACUGGAAGAACGCGAUUAGAAGUCCUUCUUUUAUGAUUUACUGAACAUAUUUUCUAUGUCUUUGCUAUGGCAAUCUCCUUCUAUGCCUCAGAGAGAAGACUCUCAAUCAGUUGCUUGAUCUUUGGCGCCACCUUCUGGGAGAUACACUCAUCAGCCUGCGCGGUCCUGUGUGCUACUUGGGCUGAGAUGGUCAGACAGAAGCUGCCACUGAGAGAAGGCUUGUACUGGGGUUUUUCAGGUCCUGGAGGUGGGUCCCUAAAGCCAGGAGUAUGACGAUGUCAUUCCAGGAAUGCAGUUAAGGAUUGUACAGAGGCCAGGCUGUGGAUGCUGAGCAGCCCUGCACCAAGAGCAACAGACUCUCCGCUGUCCCAGAGCCUCCUCCUCUGCUCUGCAGAUCUGCCUGUACCCUGAAGGGUCCAUCAGUCAUGCCAGACACACCAGUGGAGGACUCCCUCUUCCAAAUCAUACACUGCUUCCAUCACUAUGCUGCCCGGGAAGGGGACAAGGAGACCUUGUCCCUGGAGGAGUUGAAAGCUCUGCUCUUGGAUAGUGUGCCUCGCUUCAUGGACACCUUGGGCCGCAGGCAGCCAUACUACAUCACAGAGCUGUUCCGGGCAGCUGACAAAAACAAGGACAACCAGAUCUGCUUUGAUGAGUUCCUGUACAUCUUGGGCAAGCUGGUGAAGGACUACCAUCUCCAGUUCCACCGGCAGUUGUGUGCACACUACUGUACUGAGCACAGCCUCUACUAGAGGGAGGACAGGCAGUCUCUCAUCACCAGAACCUCUCCCGAGACAUGGCCUGAUCAUGAACAGUGUACAGAACUCAGCAAUGUAUUUCUUCUUAGGUGUGUGCACAUGCAUACAAACAAUAUCACAAAUAUUUCUGGGAAGUACUCAGGUCAUGGUUCUGGGUAUCCCUUAAUGUUCAGUAAAAGAAGUUUAGUUUUUAUUAUCAGGAACAUCGUUUUGGGCAGAAGACAUGGCUCCUGCCUUCAGUGAUACCUUGCUUGAAUACCGGGGGGAAUACCGGCCUUGAAUCCAAAGUGCCAGCCGGUGGCUCAUGCCUUUAAUCCCAGCACUCGGGAGGCAGAGGCAGGCGGAUUUCUGAGUUCAAGGCCAGCCUGGUCUACAAAGUGAGUUCCAGGACAGCCAGAGCUAUACAGAGAAACCCUGUCUCGAAAAACCAUUAAAACAAAACAAAACAAAGUGCCCUUAUCUGAUGCAAGAGACCCAGGCUUGCUAACAGAAAUCUUAUCUGAGGUGUGAGAUGACCUGCUGUCUGAUUUCAAGUCUAUAAGGAAGGGGCUCUUCUUUGGGCCAGGGUCCCCUCUGAGAAGGAAGUAAGAUAUCCCAAUGAUGCUAUUGACUGAUCAUUCACUGCACAUGCGGGAUAGGGGGAGGGGAGCCACAUGGAUAAUGGCGAAUAGAAGGAGUCCUUUUGUGAGUGCACACACAGGAGAUUGGGAGGACAGGAGAUACCCAAGACCAGGAGGGGGAGGAGGAAGUGUUUCAAGAAGAUAUAAUGGCACCAGAGACCCAGAUGGUAUGCCUGAAACAGCAGAGAGCACUCUGGAAAUAAAUGUUCAAGGAGAA